AUGUUCCUUCUGAUUUCGUUGUUGCUAUUGAUUUCAAAUGUCGAAAGUAGAACUGACAAAUUCACAUUCAAUCUAAAAAUCACAUGUCGACACACACAACGGCCAACAUUUUGGUAUCAACUUGAAUUGCUCGAAAAUGAUACAUUAUCGUGAGUUUGAAAGGAGAAAGUAAAACCAGAAAAUCACAUCUUGAGCAAAAAUCAAAAAUAAGAAAGAACAUAAUAAUUCUAGCCCUCGCGAUGCGGUUCAAAGAAUUCUUUCGGAAACAAUUCCGACAGGAACAAAGCAAAUCAAAGUAUUCGGUUAUCAAGACGGCGAUGAAUACCUUUCAGAUGGUUAUAGACUUUCAGCUGUUUUCAAACAUGAUUGUACUUAUAAUGGAAAUCAAGUCGAAGUCAAUUACACGUUCAAAAAACUUUGCAAAAUCGAGCAUGAUUGUCAAAUUGAUUUUGUGGCUGAUUUGACAGAUCAAUACGGAUAUAUAGAAACAAAUGCGAGAAUUCAAAGUUUUUGA